GUUUCAUGUAAUUCCAUAAGAAUGUCGAACGCAGAAGAAACUAAAAUUAGAUUUGAAUAAUUGAAUCCAUUGCAAGACUUAGGAUGAAGUUUCGGAUUAGUUGACGAAAAGGGUUGGUGGCGGGAAUAACUUUCAUCGAACGUGGGACCUCUAAAGCUGUAAAGUCAGCAUUUUUUUAACUUUGUUGAAUCACUUAAGCUCAAUGGUGGUUGGUGGUGAUUCGGUGUUAGGUGAAGAACCUCUGUUUCUUCCUCUUCUUCUUCAGGGUCGGUGUUAGGUGAUGAAGCUCCGUUUUUUCGUUUUCGUCUUCUUCUUCUUCAAGGUCUCUUCGUUUUGUGCUUGAAGUAAGAAAAUUUGGGAGAACAAUGUCGGCUUCUUCUUCCUCCUUUGAACAACCUCAAGUCAUAACCUGCAACGGUAUAAAAAAAGGUUUUUUUUGUAUUUGUUGAUGAAAGAUUAGGGUUUUUGAUUGAGAAAUUCUGUAGCGGCGGUGGCAUGGCGUGCUGGUGAGCCAUUGGUUAUGGAGGAAGUUGAAGUGAGUCCACCUCAACCACUUGAGAUCAGAAUUAAAGUUGUAUGUACAUCUCUCUGUCGUAGUGAUCUCUCUGCUUGGGAAUCUCAGUCUCUUUUGCCUCGAAUAUUUGGCCAUGAAGCUGCAGGUCUUUGGUAUAGGACUAUUAUAACUAGAUUUGCCAGCUCAAGAGCAGACCUUUCGUGGGUUAGUUGAGAGGUGAAGGUUUAAAGAAGAGCGAGGAGAAUGCGUUGCAUUCUGGAUUUGUCUAGGGUCUUGGUUUAGGCAUUGGUCGAGAGUUAGAGACUUUGCUCAUUAUUCAAGUGUCUUCUAUGGUCUACUUCUUUGUGAAUUGAGUGAAAGAAAGAGUUUACUGGUUUGAAUCCUAUCAUUGUGUCCAUGUAUGUUUCUGCAGUAUAGUGGAGAGCAUUGGAGAAGGUGUAACUGAGUUUGAAAAAGGAGAUCAUGUGCUUGCUGUAUUCACUGGAGAAUGUGGGUCAUGUCGGCAUUGCAUAUCUGGGAAAAGUAACAUGUGUCAGGUUCUUGGAAUGGAGAGGAAAGGUUUGAUGCAUAGUGAUCAGAAGACACGCUUCUCCAUCAAAGGCAAACCUGUUUACCAUUACUGCGCGGUUUCAAGUUUCAGCGAGUACACUGUGGUUCACUCUGGCUGUGCUGUCAAAGUCGAUCCACUGGCACCUCUGCAUAAAAUUUGUCUUCUAAGCUGUGGAGUAGCUGCAGGUCUUGGUGCAGCAUGGAAUGUUGCUGAUGUACAAAAAGGUUCAAGUGUUGUGAUAUUUGGUCUUGGAACUGUCGGUCUUUCUGUUGCUCAAGGUGCCAAACUUAGAGGAGCAGCUCAAAUACUUGGGGUUGAUAUAAAUCCCGCUAAGGCUGAACAAGCAAAGACAUUUGGUGUCACGGAUUUCAUCAAUUCAAAUGACCUCUCUGAACCUAUACCCCAGGUGAUCAAAAGAAUGACAGGAGGAGGUGCAGAUUUCUCAUUUGAAUGUGUUGGUGAUACAGGAAUAGCUACAACUGCUUUACAAUCGUGCUCGGAUGGAUGGGGAAUGACGGUUACUCUAGGUGUACCGAAAGCUAAGCCUGAAGUUUCAGCUCAUUACGGACUUUUCCUUUCUGGGAAAUCUUUAAAAGGGACUCUUUUUGGUGGUUGGAAGCCUAAAUCUGAUCUUCCUUCACUCAUUGACAAGUACAUGAACAAGGAGAUUAUGAUCGAUGAAUUUAUUACGCAUAACCUGUCAUUUGAUGAAAUCAACAAAGCUUUUGUUCUUAUGAGAGAAGGAAAAUGUUUGCGUUGUGUUCUUCACAUGCCAAAGUAAUGUCUCGGAAAACACAUGUCACAGAUUCAAGAAAGAUUAACGAGAGCUCUGUAUAUUCUACAGCUGAGUUGUUGUAUAAAACAAAAGUGAUGGUUUUCUAUAGAGUUAUGAGACUUUUUUUUUUCUUUUGGUUUGUUGUGAAGUGAUCGUUCAUACAUUAUAAAGAUGGAUUCUCACAUGAUGAAUCAAACGAGUUCCUAGAACCAAGGACAUUGAUCUUAAAUUGAUAACAGUGUUUCAAGUAUACAUUUUUA